AUGAACAAUAAAGAGGAGGAGCAAGACGUAACUGCAAGUUUCAACAGAAAUGAACCAGAUAUAGCAUCCUCCUCGAGUGUUGGAUAUUCAGGGUAUGGAGAAUAUUUUCAUAAUAAGGAACUUCAACAGUUGGAAAGUGAUGUUCAAUUCAGACAGAAAUAUCAAAAAGAACAUCGAGUUUCAAAUCCUACACUUUUUCAAGGGUGUACUAUCUAUGUGAAUGGACGUACGAAUCCAACUCGAUUUCAACUCCAUAAACUAAUUAUUUUACAUGGUGGGACUUUCAAGCAUUACCUUAGUGGGAAGACUGCAGUCACCCAUAUACUUGCAACAGAGUUAAAUGCAUCCAAGAAAUCAUCUUUUGCCAAUUUCAAGGUUGUCAGCCCCGAAUGGGUUACUGAGUCUAUUGCUCGAGGGAAGCUUUUACCAUGGCAAGACUUUAGAAUUGUCCAAGUUUCCAGAUUACAGGGAAAGAUUACAGAUUUCGCAACAGUACGGAACUGUAUGGAUCCGAACUUCAUUAAUGCUUUUUUCAAAUCCUCAAGACUACACCAUUUAUCGAACUGGAAAUUCCAGUUAAGAGAUAACUUCGUGAAAGAAUUCAUUUUGUCAUAUAACGACACAAUUCCUGAUCAAAAAUAUGUGUAUUUCCACAUUGACUUUGAUUGCUUCUUUGCCCAAGUGUCUGCUAAAAUCGAUGGUAAAUACGAUAUACAUGCCACACCUAUCGCUAUUUCUCAUGGUAUCAACAAUUCUGAUAUAUCCAGCUGCAAUUAUGUGGCUCGUUCUUUUGGUGUUUAUAACGGUAUGUGGGUAUCAUCUGCUUUGAAACUAUGCCCGGACUUGAAAAUAUUAGAUUAUGAAUUUGAUGAAUAUGAAGCAAUUUCAAAUUUAUUCUACAGCGCUCUAAAAGAUAUUGGAAUCUUCAAAAUGGUAUUGCCAAUUUCUAUAGAUGAAGCAAUAGGUUGCAUGUUGAUUACCCCCGAUAUUACCUCUGAAUUGUUAACUCAAAAAUGCAUGCAAGUGAGAAAUGCCGUCUAUAAUGUUACUCAAGGAUACUCUGUCAGUGUUGGGUGCGGGCCAUCCGUAUUGCUAGCUCGUUUAGCCCUAAGGAAAGGGAAACCAAACGGGUUCCAUAUUUCUUGGUUUGAUACUGUUACUGAAUGCCAUGCAUUCAUAGAUCACUUUAAGUUAAAAGAUCUUCCUGGUAUUGGUUAUAGCACAGAUCUGAAAAUAAAAGAACAAUUUGGAAAUGUUCAAAACAUCUCUGACUUAAGAGAUCUUUUAGAAAGGCCAAGCAACGUUUCUAAACUAAUAAAAGUGAUUGGUUCCAAAAAUACCAAGAAACUUCAGAUUUACCUUGAUGGUAAAGAUGACGACGAAUCCAUAAGUAUGGUAAAGGAUCCUCAUACGUACUUUCAAAAGAAAUCCCUCUCAGUAGAAAUAAAUUAUGCCAUAAGGUUUAAGACCAUAGACGAUGUUGAUAUUUUCCUUGAACGGCUCGCACUCCAUUUAUGGGAAAAACUUAGGGAUUCAAAUUUAAUGACAAGACAAAUAACUUUGAAAUUAAUGAAGAGAGCUCAAGGCGCACCUGUAGAUCCACCAAAAUUCAUGGGUAUGGGUAAAUGUGACGCUCUUAGUAAAGUCAGUAACUUAGGAACUAAUACACAAAAAUUUGGUACAAUUGCUUCGGAAUGUAAAACUUUAUUUAGAAUCUUAAGUGUUCCUCCAGAGGAAGUUAGAGGAAUUGGUAUUCAAUUUCACAGGUUAACUGAUUCGAACCAAAAAGUGGGGCAAAAGUCGGAACAAAGGGAAAUUACGACUGAUUUAUUUAGAAAACGAGACCAUCCGGAUGAUGACAUCACUAACGAACCCUCCAAAGUAGCCGAGCCACAUACUCCAGUUAACCCAACAUAUACUUCUCCCGUAAAAAACUAUUGGGAUCGCCAUCUAAAGCGAAGUAUCACCCCAUUUCAAUAUGACUUUCCUGACCAACUCGAUCCUGAAUUUAUGUCCAAUUUACCCAAAGAUGUUCAAGAAGAGAUUACAUCUCAUCAUAAGGUUGUUAAAAAAGCCAAUCGUUCUUUGAGAACAAAAUUGUACGAUGAUCCCAGAAAGCAAAUUAAGCAGACGCAAGAUUUACACUUCAUACACGAUGGGAGGCUUGUUCCGCAGCUUUCGUUCCAGGGAUUAAGUUCUGCGAAACAGAUUUCUGAAACUCUUAUCGACUGGGUGGACGCCACAGUGGAGGAUGGCCCCCAUGAAAAAGAUCUUGAGUUAUUCACUAGCUAUCUUGAUAAGUUAGCGGAGCAAGGCAGAUGUCAUAUUAUACUACAUUUGAUUAAAACCAUAAAAAAUAGGGUUGAUGAUCACUACAACGCGAAUCAUGAAGGUUUAGAGCAAUGGGAAUACUUCUUGAUUCGUCGACUAAUUCCUAUAUUAAAUAAAGCAAAACCUGAUGUGAAGUUCAACUUAGUGUUUGAUUUAUAA